UUCAUGAACCUUGCCAUGGGCCUGUGUUCGAGCUUGUGCAUCGUCGUUUGCCCUGUGGUGCAGGGAUGGUUGGACACAGGUCACAUGCUGGUGGCGCGGAUGGCUCAAACACAGUUGGAGGAAGCGCAUGUAGCGACCCUGGAAGACAUUCUUUCGAGCUGGUCGAGGGACUUUCCCGGCAUGUCGAGCUUCGUGAGCAGUGCGGUGUGGCCGGACCACAUCAAGUGCACGAACAGCAAAGCGCCAGCUUGCCUGGGCCUACCAGCCACAAGCCUCAAUGCGUUUGAUACCUGGCACUUUGUGGAUUUGGAUUACAACCCAGAUCGCGUGAGCAUCGAUGACGCCCAGCACCCCUAUCAAAAUCCAUCAGCUGUGUGGGCGCUUCGACAAGCCAUGAGUACCUUUUCUUCAUCUCAAUCCACCUUUGCGGUGAACUUCAUGCUUCGUAUGGCUAUCCACAUCCUGGCAGAUCUUCAUCAGCCAUUGCAUGCGGCACAAGGUGUCUUCAAUGAUACCCGAUUUGGAGAUGUCUUGGGAGACCGUGGCGGCAAUCUGAUCCGGAUCCAAUCACCAUGGAAGGAGCUCAGAAGUUUGCAUUUGUUCUGGGAUGCUGCUGGAGGGCUUUUCCUGGAUGAAUGGCCUUUGGUCCCGGAGGUCGAAUUGCGGCAGAAUGCCUCAGAGAUCAUGAGGGCAUUUCCUCGAAGUAGCCUGCAGGAACUGAAUGACACGGAAACAUCGUGCUUCUUGAGGAAUGAUUGUGGUCGGGUCUUCAAAAAGUGGGCUAUCCAGGUGCAUGAGGUCGCAGUCAAGUUUGCUUAUCAUGGCGUUCGGGCAAAUGAAACUGUUUCGGAGGAAUACAUAGCCAAAGUGCGAAGGAUCUCCAAAAGACAAUUGGCAUUGGCUGGCUAUCGCUUGGCCGAUUUACUGGCAGUUGUCGUCCCUUUCCUGCAGAUUUCCAGCGAUCGCAGCGGCCUUUCAGACAGACCGUGGAGUCUUUGGACCAGGACAGACAUCUACACGCAGGCUUUGGUUGCUCUUUGUAGCUUGCAGUUCCUUCUGCUGCUCCUACUGGGCUCGCUCUUGUGCAAGGGUCUUCGCGCCAAACACCGGGACCGAGAGAGCUUGCUUGAAGCUGAAGCGGACCGCUUUGUCCAAUUGCAAAGGUAGCCAACGUGCUCGAUGCCCAAAUAAUAAGCAUCGAUUGUUCCAAGAAAGGCUUCUUGGAAAAAGGACGGAUGGCGGCCCAAGUGUCACUGGGUUUUUCUCAGAAGUCGGAGCGGCAAAAAGUCUCCCAUUGGUCUUCAAACUUCGCGUCACUAUGUGUCACUAGAAUAUCCGAUUUGCAUGGGGAUAUCGGACACGGAAAAGCUGCUGCUAGGGAUUCACUGUUGUCGUGAUACACCUUACGACACUGGUCAGAACCUUGUUCUAUUUUCAAUAUUUUGUGUUUCUUGACUUUUACCUAUAUUUUGCUCGUUUUGAUGCCCUGUGCAACGCUUCCUCAGCCUUCUGUUUCUUAUGAAUUCUUUUGUAAGUUUGCGUGACCGGUCACACGCUCUCUUAACAUGCAGCUCUGGAGGAGCAUGUGCGCAUACACUGUUUUUGUCAUGCUACGGCACUACUCUGGCAAUCUGACGUGGGUUUGAUGCAAUGGUGUAUGGACUUUGAGUUUUCAUUGUUGUGUACAGCUGAAGGACUUGCACAAGCCUGUUGACAACCCCCUUGCUAUCAAAUUGCUGAUUGUCUUGUAAAGUGAUUUGCUUUUGCCACUAGCAGCAGGGUUUGCCCCAGGCCGGUCAUGGCGAUUGCUGGCAGGUAGCGGGAUUCUGCUUGCAUCCACCGCACCUGUUGCUUCUGUUCCUUUUGUCGCAUAGGAUGCCUUGGCUUUGAGAAUGCUGUCAGAGCAAACCCACAGCUUGAGACACAAGACUACAAGACUCCAAAGCCAUCCUUUCAAUCACGUGGAACAAGCCUUAGCAAGUGUUACACCUUCGGUAGGAGCUUUUAGAGUUUCCCAAGAUGAACCUGGAAGGUUCAGCACCUUUGGUGAGUGAUGACCGAUUGUAGUUCUGAAAAGGUGACUGAGUGCCUAAACAAAUCACUUUGCAGACGCUUUGCAAAAUGAAUUUCCAGAAUGAUGUUUUGAGGGUAGGAUGUGUCAGACAUGGAGUGCCAUUGAGCUGUCGGGCAUCUCUGGAAAGCUUGAGUGCAUGCCCGUUGCAAAAAUAACGAUUGUCAGAUCUGCUGACCUUUUUGUGGCACAAGGCCUGCCAUGAGGACAUGGCUGAGCCAGGAACCCAAUCUCUGUCACGC